AUGGAGGAUUGUUCCAAAUUGUUCCGUCCCACGCAGACUGAUGUCGGUCAGUGCUGCAGUUUCAACAAGGUUCCGGACCACAUUCUUAAAGAGCGUGAUAGCUUUGGAAAAUCAUUGGUGCUAGCGUCAAAGGGAUCGACCAAGGACAAGGAUGAUGCUGAGUGGACGAAAUGGAAUAUGGAUAAGAAGCUUGGUCGAAAUGCUACCGUUGUCCCCAAACGACAACUGCAAGCUGGGCAAAACUACGGCUUAUCCAUCGUGGUCAGGAUGAACAAAGAACCUCAACUUUGUCCACUAUCUGAUGGGAAUGGAUUAAUGUUGAGCAUCCAAAAUCCUGCCGAACAACCGCAAAUACAAAGAUAUGGAUUUUUGGUCCAACCCAAUCAUGAGACUAGGGUCCAACUAACGACAAACUUGGUCAAGUCGACGCCGAAGAUGAAAGGGAUGAAAGUGGCUGAAAGAAAGUGCUACUUAAACGACGAUUUUGGAAAGGGGGGCGAAUUCCAAGACUUAGACUUUAAAUAUUCUAAGUACACCGAGGGCAACUGCCAGGAGGCCUGUUUUGCUCACGCAAUUCAGACAAACUGCUUUUGUGUCCCUUUGUCCUUGAGUGCUGGGAAUAAAAGUGUCGCUAUCUGUGGACCCGAGAAGGAGAAGUGCAUACUGGACCACAAAAAUAACGUUGUGGCGAAAGGUUUUCCUAAAAAGAUUUGCCAAUUGAAAUGCUACCCGGAAUGCAAUCGAGUUUCGUACUCUGCGGAGACGUCCUCCGUCCCAUAUCAUGACUUUGUUGACGAAAAAGCAAAAAAAAAUCUUAACAUUUCGUAA